GCUUCAUGGGAGAAGCCUGUGCAAUCAGCUCUUGGGGGCUGGGCUCUAUGUGGUUCUUUGGGAGACCUGGUUUGGAGCACUACAUCCUCCAGACGGUUUGCACAUGUCUGGUCCGUGGCUGAUUAAUCAAAGACAAUCUGUCUACAUUCUGAGUGCUGCCACCUGCAAGAUCACUGUAACAGACUCCUAGGCCCAAGUCCACCCGCUACCACACCCUUACCCACCCCAGACAUGACUCUGGGGUCUGCCUGAGGCCAGCAGUGUGAAGAUGACCAGCACCUUCCUAGCAUGACGACCUUGGACCAUGUGAUCGCUACCCAGCAGUCGGAGUGGGUCUCCUUCAAUGAGGAUCCACUCUUUCCCAUCCCUUCUGAGGGGGCCACCGAAGGGCACCUCCCGGGACGGUCAUCCUCCUCAGACCAGUCCGAGAGCUCCUCCGGGGAGAACCACGUGGCGGAUGGAGGCUCUCAGGACCUUUCCCACUCAGAGCAGGAUGACUCCUCCGAGAAGAUGGGCCUCAUCUCUGAAGCGGCCUCUCCUCCUGGGAGCCCUGAGCAGCCCCCAUCUGACCUGGCCUCGGCCAUCAGCAACUGGGUUCAAUUUGAAGAUGACACACCCUGGACCAGCACUUCACCACCUCCUCCUAAAGAAACAGGCCUACCAUUGACCUUGCCUUGCUGGACAUGCCCUUCCUUCAACUCGCUGGGGAGAUGCCCUCUGACCUCCGAGAGCAGCUGGACCACGCACUCUGAAGACACCAGUAGUCCUAGUUGCUGCCCCUCAUACACAGACCUGCAGCUCAUCAAUGCGGAGGAGCAGAUGAGUGGCAGGGCAUCUAGGGCCGACUCUACAGACGAGAGGACGGAGUGGCAGACAGGCAGGCAGACGGCGGUGAGUCCUGUUCAGGCAUGCACGGAGCAUACCUCUACCCGCACCCACGUCCUGGACCCCUCGCCACCCUCACCCCACUCCAGGAGGAGCCAGAGCCCUUGUGAGGGUCCAGAGGGUCCGGAGGGGACCUCCACUCCCAAUGACAACUCGUCCUCACUCCAGGAAGAUGAAGAGGUAGACAUGGAGGCCAUCAGCUGGCAGGCCAGCAGUCCUGUCAUGAAUGGGCAUGCUGCCACUCCAGUGACCUCUGCUCGUUUCCCCAGCUGGGUCACUUUUGAUGACAAUGAAGUCAGCUGCCCUUUGCCACCCAUCACCUCUCCUCUGAAGUCAAACACGCCAUCUAUUGCAUCUGUGACCCCAGAUGUACCUUAUUACUCAACCGGCUCAUUUAAGAAGAGGGAACGUCCCAAGAGCACGUUGAUAAACUUCUCCAAAGUUCAGAAGCUGGACGUUUCCUCCUUAAACCAUCCGCCUCCCAUAGCCGAGGCUCCACCUUGGAGGGCCACCAACCCUUUCCUGAAUGAGACUCUCCAGGAUGUACAACCCUCCCCAAUCAACCCUUUCAGUGCUUUCUUUGAGGAGCAGGAGAGGCGCUCCCAAACCAAUUCCACAUCUAGUACCACAGGCAAAAGCCAGAGGGAUUCUCUCAUUGUCAUCUACCAGGAUGCCAUCAGUUUUGAUGACUCAAGCAAAAACCAGUCACACUCUGAUGCUGUUGAAAAACUCAAACAACUCCAAAUUGAUGACCCCGAUCACUUAGGCAGUGCGACACUGCCUGAUGAUGACCCAGUAGCCUGGCUCGAACUCGACCACCCGCCUGGUUCAGCACCUUCCCAGCCCAGGGAUGGGUGGCCAAUGAUGCUAAGGAUCCCUGAGAAGAAAAACAUCAUGUCCUCCAGACACUGGGGACCCAUCUACAUCAGACUAACAGAUACUGGUCACCUGCAGCUGUAUUAUGAGCAGGGCCUAGAGAAGCCAUUCCGAGAGUUCAAGCUGGAGAUCUGCCAUGAGAUUUCAGAACCCCGGCUCCAAAACUAUGAUGAAAAUGGCAGGAUCCACAGCCUGCGGAUAGACCGCGUCACGUACAAGGAAAAGAAGAAAUACCAGCCCAAACCUGCUGUCGCCCACACCGCCGAGAGGGAACAAGUGAUUAAACUGGGCACCACCAAUUACGAUGACUUCCUGAGCUUCAUCCGUGCGGUUCAGGACCGUCUCAUGGACCUGCCCGUGUUGUCCAUGGACUUGAGCACAGUCGGCUUGAACUACCUAGAAGAGGAGAUUACCGUGGAUGUCAGAGAUGAAUUCUCUGCCCUCGUGAGCAAAGGGGACAACCAGAUUCUCCAGCACCACGUCUUGACACGAAUCCACAUCCUGAGUUUCCUCUCGGGGCUGGCAGAGUGCCGCUUGGGCCUCAACGACGUCCUGGUCAAGGGGAACGAAGUCGUUUCCCGGCAAGACAUCAUGCCGACCACCACCACCAAGUGGAUCAAGCUCCACGAGUGCCGUUUCCACGGGUGUGUGGACGAGGAUGUGUUCAACAGCUCCCGGGUUAUCCUGUUCAACCCUUUGGACGCGUGCCGCUUCGAGCUGAUGCGGUUCAGGACAGUGUUUGCCGAGAAGACCUUGCCUUUCACGCUCCGGACGGCCGCCAGCAUCAACGGGGCAGAGGUGGAGGUGCAGAGCUGGCUGAGGAUGUCCACCGGCUUCUCCUCUAACUGUGACCCCCUCACUCAGGUUCCCUGUGAGAACGUGAUGGUUCGGUACCCUGUGCCCAGUGAGUGGGUGAAAAACUUCCGCAGGGAAAGCGUCCUGGGGGAAAAGUCUCUGAAAGCCAAGGUCAACCGGGGGGCCAGCUUUGGCUCCACGAGUGUGUCUGGCUCCGAGCCUGUCAUGAGAGUGACUCUGGGGACUGCUAAGUACGAACAUGCCUUCAACUCCAUCGUGUGGAGGAUAAACCGGCUGCCUGACAAGAAUUCAGCUUCUGGUCACCCACACUGUUUCUUCUGCCACCUUGAACUUGGCUCGGACCGGGAAGUGCCUUCCAGAUUUGCCAAUCACGUGACUGUCGAGUUCAGCAUGCCCACCACUUCGGCCUCCAAAGCUGCUGUAAGAUCCAUCUCUGUGGAAGACAAGACUGACGUCAGGAAGUGGGUCAAUUAUUCUGCACACUACAGCUACCAGGUGGAGAUUGAGCAAAAAAAGAGUUUGAAGCCGGACUUUGAAGGAGAGGAAGUGGAAAACCCCAAGGAGUGUGGGGUCCAGUGACAAAGCCUCGCUGAGAGGCCGUGACCUGAGAGUUCCAAUAGGACAUCUUCCUAAUAGCUGAAGUUCAAGUCAGUACCUACAUGACUACCCCAUGCUGGGAGCAGUGUAUCGGACCUUCCCGUCUGUAGUUGCCUAUAUGUGAACAGGAGACCCGAGGCGGCGGCUGCAGAGAGGCUCUGACUGCCUGAAGCAGCUGGUUCACCUGGCUUGGAGCUUCCUCAUUAAGCCGCCUCUGCCUCUGCUUAUCUCACAGCACUUGGGUGUGGUUUGUUGUGACUAGGAGAGUCAGGAAAAGAACCUCCGCAUCAGUGUUGGCAUGAUUUCCUUCUGGUGUUCUGUCAUUUACAUGAAUUUCUGGAAAACCCGGUCUUGAGAGGUUAAUUAAGAACCCAUCUCUGUCACUCCCUCUAGAAAAGGUUCAGAAAAGGUACAAAACAAAUUUCCUCUUUAGGUUUCCUAGUCCUUUCGCAGGUGUCUCCAUUCUUUGUAUAUGAACACUAUGCAACAGACGUUUUCGAGAUGCUAGACUGUUUUGAAUGAAACACUUUUUCCAUCUCUCUAAGGUUUUGGUCACAGGAUGGGAAAAAGGCACAGGAAGAUACUCUUUUAUUCUGUGAUUAGCCCCACAUUCUGCAAAGGGUGGCUGUUGAAAGGAAAGCAAAAUGGAUGCUUUCCUUAUUUUUCUUCAUUCUGGGGAAAAGGGACAUUCAUUGUAAGGUUAUAUUCAAUUCAGGAGACAGCUUCAAUCUCAGUGAAUUCCCAAAUUCACAUUGAAAAAUAUAGGCCAUUUCUGAUUUCUGAAACAAGUGGAUAUAUGUUAUACCUCAGGCAUUUGGGAGCUCUUUGUAUACCUCAUAGCCAAUAGAGAGCACAUGUCUCUGUAACUCGGACUUUUCAGGAAACGUAUGAUGAAGAGAUCAUUUCAAAGCUGUUUUAAAACUAAGCUUGUAUGAGCUUUUCCCAGAAAUUCAGAGUUUGACAAGCACAGUAUUGUAAUAGAUCUAAAAGGCAGAAGACUCUAGGGUAGAGAUGGUGGGAAAGCCAUACUUUUUAAACAUAGAUUUUAAGAGUCUGGGACACUCAAUCUUCUUUGCCUUCACCCGUUCCGGCUCACAUUCUGCACCUCUGCUUCUUAUUUGUAUGUUGGUGUUUUCUUACCACACAAGAAGCUACAUCAGCCAUCCCGAAGGGGAUACCUGCUCAACAAUUCAAAGGCAGCCUGUCUCUGUCUUUCUGUAUAUCCAUGAAGAAUGGAAGAGGGGGACAGAGAGCACAUUGAUCAGAUUUGUAGAUGACACAGAAAUAGACAUAUAUCUAGUCUGUUGACCAGGAGAUUCAGGAUUAACUUAUU